AUGGCGGAUGUACCAGCUACCAUACCAGUACCACAAGAUGGCUGGAAGAUCGAAGGCGUCAGAGUCAUCCCAGGUGAUCAACUCGAUGGCAACACCCCACAAACUCCAGGCAUGGAUCGUAAAGCAGCUGUCAACUUCGCCCGAGUCGGUGCCCAGAAGUUAUGGGCAGGCACAGUACACAUCCACCCUGACGCGAAGACUGGAGUUCAUCACCAUGGCCACCUUGAGUCCGUGAUCUACGUUCUGAAAGGGAAGGCACGUAUGCGAUGGGGUGAGAAGCUCGAGUUCACGGCUGAGGCUGGACCUGGCGAUUUCAUCUACGUACCGCCUUAUGUACCACACCAAGAGAUCAACGCCUCAGCGGACGAGAAGCUCGAAUGUGUGCUAAUGCGAAGUGACAGCGAGGCUGUUGCUGUGAAUUUGCCUGAUGUUGAGCCGAUCGAGAAGCCAGAGACGGUGCAUUGGGUCGACCCAACACACCCUCAUCCUCAUGGGCAUGAUCAUAGUCACUGA